GUGCGACUCCAACGAGUCCGUGACGAUGUUCUACCCGGUCCAGGGCCCUCUGUCUGUCGCUUCCUCAAGUUGUGGCAUGGGGUUCGGCUCCUGCCGGUAAAGACUGUAUGGGGGAGACUGGAAUGUGACCCCCGGGCUUCCUCUGCUUCACCCGAGCACCAUGGCGGAAGAAGUAGAUGUUGAUAUUGAAGGGGAUGAGAAUGAAGCAAGUAGGGGGGCCCCGGAGGACCUGCCGUCCGAGUUUGGUGCCGAUCAUUACUUGGACUCCGUGUGGAGAAGCGACAAUGACCUCACCCCGUGGACGCUGGACAGCACCAUCAGCAAAGAAAACAAGGCAGCCAUUGAGAAAAUGCUGCUUGAGGAAGAAUAUUAUUUGUCUAACAAGCCACUUUCUGCAACAUUCUGGCCACAGUCCAAGGAUGGAGAGAAACGCUGCAUCAAAAGAAGCCCACAGAAGAAAAUAUCACGCGUUCCGAUACGUUCAUCGGCUAAACCAGCAACCAGCCCGGUGAAAUGGACCACGGAAGAGAAGGAACUCUUUGAACAGGGGGUGGCUGAGUUUGGAAGAAGGUGGACAAAUAUUUCACGGCUGAUUGGAAGUCGCACCGUUUUACAAGUUAAGAGUUAUGCCAGGCAAUAUUUUAAGAAUAAGUGCAAGCUGGAGGACUGUGAAAAAGAAGAAUCCAAAAGUAGCCCUACGGGUCUGCUGGGUUUCCGUCACGGUGACCAUGAAGAAGACGGCGUGAUCUCAGAUGAGCUCCCAGUGUUCAGAGGUCGCGCGGACCCAAACCUCAAUGCUGUUAAAAUCGAAAAACUUUCCGACGAUGAAGACAUCGAUAUAACUGAUGAGAUGGAUGAGAUGAUCAUCGAGAAACCAGAUCCUUCAUCUACCAACCGUGACAAUGAGGGGACAUCACAAAGGGUUGCGCAAGAAACUCCUGUCCUAUCAGAACCAUUACAGACGGAGGAUCUAAACUCCGAACCACUUUGUGAACAGGCGGACAUAGCAGACAAGGAAUUAUUUCAUUCGUCUGCCUGUCUGAGCCAUAACGAUAAUAUAGAAUGCACAGACCGAUAUGGGCCGGGGCUUGACAGCUCACCCGAUCCACAACAGCUUCCAGUUGAUACGGACUUUACGGCCAGUGCCAACCAAUCACCCGCCGCGUGUGACAACGACUACGACAACCAGGAGGAAGGGGAUGAGCUUAAACCACCUGACCAGGAAAUGGAAAUAGACCGGAAUUCCAUAAUGGAGGAAGAAAAGCAAGCCAUUCCGGAAUUUUUCGAAGGUCGCCCAGCAAAAACUCCAGAGCGUUACCUUAGGAUCCGCAACUAUAUAUUGGAUCGAUGGGAGGAAUGCAAACCCAAAUACCUGAAUAAGACUUCUGUGCGCCCCGGCUUAAAGAACUGUGGGGACGUGAACUGCAUUGGGCGCGUUCACAUGUACCUGGAGUUAAUCGGAGCCAUUAACUUUGGAUGUGAGCAAGCGGUUUAUAACAGACCCCGGCCGGUCGAUAAAAUAAGGUCCAAAGAAGGAAAGGACACUCUAGAAGCGUACGAGUUGGCUCACCGGCUGCAGUCCAUGCGUACCCGUCGUCGGCGUGUCCGAGACCCUUGGGGGAACUGGUGUGACGCAAAGGACCUCGAGGGACAAACGUUCGAGCAUCUCUCCGCGGAAGAAAUCGCCAGAAGACGAGAAGAAAAGAUCAAACUCCCGAAGUGCUCCAAAGGAUCCCGGCAGACCAAGAGUUCUCUCGACCCCUUCAAGUUGAUCCCCUGCUCUGCUUUUAACGAAGAUAAACCAGAGCCGUUUCGGGUGAAAGUAGCCGCCGAGGCCAUGUUAGUGUUAGACUUGCAUGCUCACGUGUCCAUGGCAGAGGUGAUCGGCCUGUUAGGAGGACGAUACUCAGAAUCCGAAGGAGUUGUGGAAAUCUGGGCAGCCGAACCAUGCAACAGCCUCAGCACAGGGAUGCAGUGCGAGAUGGACCCCGUAUCCCAAACGCUGGCGUCGGAGGCCUUGGCGGAGCGAGGGUACGGCGUCAUCGGAUGGUACCAUUCGCACCCUGCGUUUGAUCCCAAUCCCUCCAUCCGUGAUAUCGACACGCAGGCUAAAUAUCAGAGUUAUUUUUCUCGAGGUGGAGCAAAAUUCCUGGGAAUGAUUAUAAGUCCCUACAAUCGCAGUAAUCCUCUGCCGCAGUCCCAGGUGUCCUGUCUGAUCAUCGGAGACGACCUUAGCGAGGAUCAAUCUUACAGAAUGCCGUACAGGUUUGAAGUUGAGCAUAUGUCGGGAGAACCGCUCUGGGAUGUGGUGUUUGAAAAGACGAGAUGGAUUAUCGAGAAGUACAGAUUGUCUCACAGCAGCGUUCCGAUGAACAGAAAGUUUCGCCGAGAUACCGACAUGACCUGUCUGCAGAAGCUCCUGUCUUCUAUGAGAAAAACGCUACUUUCUACAAACUGCACCCACGUCGCCGAUGCUUUCCUGACCCGUAUCGAAGAUCUUUUCCGCAGCAGCUACACAAGUGCUAAGGAUGCGGACGCGAUGGAAGAACCGGAAGAGUCUCAGAGCCCCAAGUCACGGAGCACUGCAACGACUACCGCCGAAAUGGACCAUUUCCUGGAUAACUAAGACCACCUGGACCUCAUCAAAACUUUACCCAGUAAUCCCGCCGAUGAAAUGGCUAAGCCAAUCAGCUUACUGCAUAUCAUUCUGCAUUCACGUACGCCGUUGUGUUCAAAAGAAAAACAAAAAAUAUACUUUUUUUUUCUGCCGAAUGAAACCCUCGACGUUGUGACUUCCUUUUUUCAGUCUAUAUUAGAAGAAAACAGAUCAGAUGGAGUGUGUUGGUACAUCUCCUGUUGUGUAUUGUCACGUCUUCACACACACUUUAUUUUUUCAUCUAGUAUCUAAAAAUAAAGACGUUUAAUGUUUUUAUUA